AUGCAAACAAGAAUCAUGUCAACAAGAUCAGUAGUACUGGUUGUAUUAUUCAUCACUCUAUCAUUCCUGAUCACAUGCUGUUGUGUUGAAGCAAAGAGUUAUAUCAUUGCAAAUGUAAACUCGAUGCUAAAAUUUCAACCAAAUUCAUGUCAAGCACAAGUUCAUGAAGAAAUCACGUUUGUUUUCAAUGGAGAUUAUGGAAGAGUGGGAAGAGCAAUUCCAUUGAAACUUCCUUACGGGAAUGCCAUUCUGCAAGAAGGUUCAGUCUCGACCAAUUUCACCUCUGAAACUUCAUUGAAUAUUGAAACAGAUUCCGAAACUUUGUACAUUGUGGCAACAAUGUCACAAAGAACACCCGUAAAUGCUAUUACCCCUGUCACCUUUGUAUAUAAUUAUAACAUCAUUGGUCCGUUGUAUUCAACCGAAGCCUCUAAUUUUCAAAUGGGAUGGGCCUUUAAGUUUAACACCUUAACCGAGAAUGCAUCUUUCACUUUCCAAUGGCCUCAAACCCUCAACGUGACUGUCAAGCCACCAAAUCCCUCUUCACAAUACAGGAUAUCCUCGAACACGACUGAUGGAAACAACACAUUACUUACUUUCACUCUCAACAGACCUUUACAAGCGAACGAACAGUUUUUUCCAGUCGUUGAAGGACAGGGAUCCAUUCUCAAGUGCCAACAAUUAGCACAAGACAGUAAUAACUAUAAUUAUGGCAGCGUCUAUACAAAAGCAAUGGAAAUGUUGGCCAUUGUGAUUUCUGUUACGUUGGGCACUGCUUGUCUUUGUUGUUACUUUUGGAGCAUCGUUUUUUGCGUCCGAGAGCUCUAUGAAUUCAGAAAGCGUAAGAAACUCGAGCAGGACCAGGAGAAGGCAACAACUGGCAACGUUUCAACCAGCCAAGUACUUGAUCAGAAUCCAAAGAAAAUAGAAACACCUAUCGAAAAGUACGAACCUACCACAACACCCAAAAACAACUCAACUUACAAGGUUCCUUCUCCUGUUACCUUUGAAAGUAGUAGUAGUUACUCGUACGAACCACCAUCUUAUUCGAAUAAUGAUUAUAGCUAUGGAGGUGGAUACGAUUGUGGAGGUGGUAGCAGCGCUGCAUGGGAUUCUGGUGGAGGUGGAGGUGAUUGUGGUGGUGGGGGUGGCUCUGGAUGGGCCGAUUAG